AUGUCAAGCUGCACCUCUGUGAAAGUGGAUAAGGACUUUGGUGCCGGUGGGGAUGCACCAAAGCCAUUGACUGACGAUUAUACUGUAGACGUCGACGCAGGAAAUACAGUGACCGACUUCCUCGACCUGGAACGCGAAAGAGGCAUCACAAUUCAGUCAGCAGCCAUCACUUUCAACUGGCCCCUCCAUGAUGAAUGCUCACCAGGCACAACUCCCAAAACGAUCAAUCUCAUUGACACGCCUGGCCAUCAGGACUUCAGAUUUGAGGUUGAUAGGUGCCUUCCAGUUCUAGAUGGAGCUGUGUGCAUCAUCGACUCGGUCAAGGGCGUAGAAGCUCAUACGGAGAGAGUGUGGGCUUCAGCGCACGACCACAAGAUCCCUCGCAUCAUCUUCGUCAACAAGCUCGAUCGAGACGGCGCAUCAUUUCGCAAAUCUGUGCUGGAGAUCGGGUCACGUCUGAAUGGAUGGCCGCUUGUAUGCCAAAUCCCGUGGUGGGAGGGCGACCAGUUCGUCGGUGUCAUCAAUGUCAUUGACCGAGUCGGAUAUCGGUGGAAGGCGGAGAAGCAAAAGACCAAGUACGAGUUCACAGAACUACAAGAGGUGCUCUCGGGUAACUAUCUCCUUGGCGAGAUAGAGACAGCUCGCGAGCGGCUCAUUGAAGGCCUCGCCGAAUGGGAUGAGUCCAUAAUGGACUUGUUCGCAGACGAUCCAAGCAAGAUCACGGGGAAGAUGUUGAAAGAUAGCGUCCGAAGCGCCAUCCGCAGUGGCGAUGGAAAUGUUAUUCCCGUCCUGGCGGGUGCUAGCUUCCGUCACAUUGGUGUCGAGCCCCUGAUGGAUGCUAUUGUUGAUUACCUUCCGAGUCCAGAUGAACGACCUGACAUCGAAAUCCGCGCGGGGCCGGCAAAGCACAAUCUCAAUGCGCUACUAGAGCAGAACACGAGCAAGAAGCCGGGCCAACAACGCGUGGCAGCAGUCGCAUCCGUCUUCAAGGUCUACAACCACCCUAAAGAGGGGACCCUGAGCUUCGUGCGAGUCUACUUUGGCGAAUUUCACAAGAAUUCGUCCACCUGGAACACCCACAAUCAGCUCGCAGAGCGUCCGUUCGGCUUGUUGCAAAUAUCUGCGGAAAAGACGGAAGACGUACAACAUCUCGCCACGGGCCAGAUCGGCGCAAUCAAGGGUCUGAAGAAGGCUCGUACGGGCGACACGCUGCUCGCGACUGUCGCUCAGAAACAGAUUCCGGAUGCACUGAAGCAUAUCCAGAUCAGGCCGCCAGAAAUUCCACCACCAGUGGCUUUCCUUGCGAUUGAUCCACACGGACCCACGGCUUCAAAGGAGCUGGAGAUUGCGCUUGAUAAUGCGUCACGAGAAGAUCCCAGCCUGAGAUGGAGCCGCGACGAGAAGACGGAACAGUUCAUCUUGCAGGGCAUGGGAAAACUCCACCUGGAUAUCGCCGUCUACAACCUCAAACAGAACCCCAAGGUUCAAGCCGACUUCGGCCCAAUCGAGGUCGACUAUAAGGAGUGCCUCACAUCUUCAAUAGGACCCCAUCACGUUACAUUUGACAGGGUCGUUGCAAGCAAGUCAGGCAAAGUAUCAUGUAGCGCGACUCUGGAACCUUUGGAAGAGCACCACCGCCAAGCCGCACUCGCGCCAACUAUCGAACGCGACGGGAACAUGAUUCACGUAAUCAUCAAUCUCCCCGAGGAGGGUAAUAUCACGUUCGACCCCGAAGAAGCUCGACAACAGCUCAUCAACGGCGCCGUCGCAGCCGUGGCCCGCGGCCCGCGCCGCGGUUCCCCCGUUCAGGGCUGCCACAUCACCAUCACCGUCGACGCCGCGGCCGCCGAGAGCCCAUCGGGCGGCCACUUCGCCGGCGCGGCAUCACGCGCCGUGCGCGAAGCACUCCGCGAGGCGCACAUCACGCGCGGGAUCGUCGGGGUCCUCGAGCCCGUCAUGCUUCUACACAUCAGCUGUCCCGAGGCGGCGGCGGGUUUGGUGCAACACGACAUCAGCUCGGGGGCCGGCGGGCAUGUGCUGGAAGUCAAGGACAAGUCCGCCGAGUCAAGUUCACGGAUUGACGUGAGCAGUAUCUACGCGCCGCCAGACCCGUAUGAGAUUGUGGCGUCGCUGAGGGGUAAGAAGUCGUUGGCGAGGACGGUGGAGAUUGUGGCCAAGGUGCCGUUCAAGGAGGUUUUGAACUUUGAUGAGCAGCUGAGAGGCAAGACUGGUGGAAGACACUCGAUGACCAUGGCGUUUGACAGCUUUGAUCGUGUUGUUGGCUCACGGGAAAAGGCCCUGUAA